ACUUUGACAGCAAAUCAAUCAAAAAGUCAAAAUCAAAAUAAUAGAAAGGUAAACUAAUAAUUUGUAAAAAAGAAACAUACGUGGUUUAUUUUAACUUAAUAUUUGAUUGCAAAAUUCAUUAAAAACGGAAAAAAGCGUGGCCCCAAAAGAAUGUCUUACAGUGUCCCCCUGAUCCUUUCCGAGGAUGUAGAGCAAGGUGGCAAACAAUACGACGAAGAUGGCAUCGAAAAUGAUUUCUCCUAUAGGAAUAACGUUGCUCAAGCCACUAAAUCAAUCCGAUUAGCUUUUUUGAGAAAAGUCUAUGGGUUGCUUACCAUGCAGAUACUUUUAACUGUGGCGGUUGCUGGUCUUUUUAUGUUUACACCACCCAUUAAAGGAUUUGUGCAGACCAAUGAUUGGAUGAUGCUUAUAAGUUUCUUUGCCAGCAUUAUUCUCUUAAUACCUUUACACAUCAAACGUAAAGAAUCACCUACAAAUUUGAUCCUUCUAGCAGCUUUUACUGUUGUUCAAGCCUACACCAUUGGAGUUAUCGUAACAUUUUACUCAAAAGCUAUAGUUUUGGAAGCACUUUUAUUAACCCUCUUAGUUUUGGGAGGUUUGACCAUUUACACUUUCCAAUCCAAACAUGAUUUUUCUACAAUGCAUUCAGCUUUAUUUGCUGGACUAAUUAUUUUGAUAGUGGGAGGAUUUCUUCAAGUAUUCAUCCAAUCGCCUGUUUUUGAAUUACUAAUCGGCUUUGGAGGCGCUUUCCUAUUUUGCCUAUUUAUCAUAUACGACACUAAACUUAUUAUGGAGACUCUAUCGCCUGAAGAAUACAUUUUGGCCACUAUCAAUCUGUACAUGGACAUUAUUAAUUUGUUUUUGUACAUUUUGAGAAUCUUACAGGCACUUAAUAGGCAGUAAUUUGAAUUUUUUAUAUUUUACUUAUUUUUAUUGCUUACUUGAAAAUAUUUCUUGGCACUGUUUUGUGAUAUAAAUUAGGCUCAAAAAGGUUGGAAUAAAUUCAUUAGGAAAUUGAGUAAUUAUUUUUCAGGUAAAUUCUUGCACAGUUCUUUUUUUCAUUUUUGGCUUUUACAUGAAACUCUGAUCAUAUUAUUAUUAUUCAUUAUGUGAACAAAGAGGAAAGUCACGCGAUAUCUUUUUUUAGAAACACCCUGUAUACAUGAUAAGUAGUUCAAAAAUUGUGCAACUUAAAAUAAAAAUCGCUGUUUGCCUGCAUUUACUUGAAAAAUAAUUACCCAAUUUUUUAAAGAUUUUUUUCCAACCUAUUGGAUCUCACAUAGAAAAAGUGAUGUAAAGUUUGUAUUUUUUUGACUAUAUAGUUGGGCUCCAAUAAUCGUACUUCUAUAUUAUAAAUGUAUAGAUUCAAAAUUAUAAUUUAUG